GCCAUGAACGGUACCAGGAAGGCGUCGCAGAUGUGGGGUGAGCUUGUGAGAACUACUAUGGACGACGGUCAUUGGGACUGCUUGGUUGGAACUCCUAACGUGUUCUACUUACCUGCUAGCCCCAACACAGCCCCCGUCGACGAGGAUAGCACAGCGAUCUGCCAUGGCGAUGACUUUCUUGCUGAAGGCUACGACGAGCAGCUGGACGAGCUGGACGAGUUAUUGAGGCAGCAGUUUGAGGUCACGGCCAGCGCCAGACUUGGACCAGGAGCGGUGGGGCAGACUACAUACCUCAAGAGGACGAUCGGCUAUACCGACAAGUUGCCAGGUUGCGAGGAGCCGGGUUUCUUCUGGACUGCCGAUCCUAAGCAUGUGGACUUCAUGAUCAAGUGGACGCAGAAGCGAGGUUGUAAACCAGCUCCCACUCCAGGAACGAAAGCUACAGGACAAGGCCGACGAGACAGCCUAGACCUUCUUUCCAAGGAUCGUGCUCGAGAAGUGGCGGGUGCAGCAGGCACCGCUCUUUACCUUUCUUCGGAUAGGCCCGACACGAUGUACGCCAGCAAGACAGCGAUGCAGCACGUCUCCAACCCGAACGUCUUGAUGCAUGCGCGUGUUCAGCGACUUGGAAGGUACUACGAGGGACAGCCUGUGUUGGUCUGGUGUUACCCACUUCAAGGUACUCCUGAAGGCAUUCGUGUAGAUGGUGACGCAGAUUGGGCACCUACGAGUGAACUACAGCGGCGAUCUACCAGUGGAGGAGCUGUGAGGUAUGGUGACCACACUUGGGACUGCUACUCAGUGACGCAGAGUACGAUAGCCCUAAGUUCAGGGGAAUCCGAGAUGUACGCUACGGGAAGUGCGACAGCCAGAGGACUUCAGUGUAAGACUUACCUGAUCGAGACCCAGAGGCCCUGCAACCUGAAGAUCUAUAGUGACAGCACAGCUGGACGUGGCAUGUGCAGCCGAGUUGGGGUGGGCAAGGUCAGGCACCUGGAGUUGAGGUACUUGUGGAUUCAGGAGCGGUUGCGUCUCAAGGCGUUCGAGCUUCACAAGGAGGACACCAGCAAGAUGACAGCCGACAUGCUCACGAAGUACACCGAGUGGCCGACAAUCGAGAAGCAUUGCACCACUCUCAACCUCAGGUUCGGAAAGCAGUUGAAGGGCUUGAGCGCAAUGGCAGUUUUCACAGAGGUCGUGACGAAAGCGUCAGGCGAGAAGGUGACAGUGUACGGAGGUUCUGACGAGGUUGCGGUUUGCCCCGCGCCUGUCAGCCACUACGUGGACAGCGAGGAGUUCUGGUUCUUCCUGAAGUUGGGGCUUGUUGUGGUGACUGCAGCCAGUGCUUUUUUACUGGGGUGCUGGUGUGGUUGCUACUUCAAGAACUUCUACGACAAGUUCCUCCUCCAGGGUGCGGUUAACCCCGCCUCUGGAAGCACUUGCACACCAUCUGCGCGGGCUGGCGUCGAGUUCAAGACCGUGUGUGUACAGCAGGACAAAGGUGCAAGGCACAAGCUCUUAAGCACGUUUCUUGUAGCUGAGCUGCGAGCUGUCUUGAAGGCCAAGGGCCUGGCCGUGUCAGGGAUCAAGGAGGACCUGGUCACGAGGAUGAUCAAGCACGGAUGCGUUCUGUCGGAUCGCCAGGCCAAAGAGAUCGAGCAGCUACGGGUGAUGGCUACAGCGUAUGGACCUCUUGCCAAGCUCAGCUUGCAGGACAUCAGCAGUCCAGAGGCCGCGCAGAAGUGGAUCGAGACGUUCAAGAGCGAGUGCGGAGACCGUUCCAGAGGCUCUCAGGUGAUCCACGGAGAGGGCCAGGAGAAUGGUCGCAGGAAGCACUACGACAGCCGAAGGAGCGGGCUGCUGGAGGCGGAGGGGCUGACGCCCUCGUACGUGCCCUCCACGCCCGAGAAACCCGUGGCCGCGCAGCUCCGCAGCGGGGAGGCCUCUCCGAUCUGCGGUCGGCGGUCGCGCUCUGUCGAUGCGGCGACCGAGGCCGCGGAGGGUCGCAGGUCGUAG